CGAAUGCCACCCUCUCACGAGAAACUCAGCUCCCGGCAUCUUCGGGGCUCCACGGCACCGCCGAAAUACAGCCAUUCUUGAGGGAUGCAUACGCGUAGAUGAACCUAAUUUCCGCUUCAUGUCGUCGCAUUAGAAAUCCUCGUUUACCGCCGGUCAAUCGGUAAUGCCGUCUAAUCUGCCAAGCCCGCUCCGAGAGGCCGAGCGGCGACAUGUCCGCACCGCCCACGUCAACCCCAACGUCGACCUCCUCGGCGGAGGAACCACUGCAGGGACAUUCUACGUCAAAGUUUAAACCUCGAGCUUGCGCAAGAUGCAGCCAGUCCAAGGUGAAGUGCAAAUGGGUCUCUGAGCCGGGGGAGGCUCCCUGCGAGAGAUGUCGACGAAGUAGCCUAGAUUGUGUUCUACCCAGCCUUAAACCUAGAGGCCCAAGGCGCGGCAAGUCGACACGAGUCGGUCAACUUGAGCAGAGGAUUGACGGCAUCAUGUCAUUACUGGCAGCAAACCACCACAUCCAGCAGAGCUCGGGCCCGCCAAAGCCGCCGUCCAUCGCAAAUGGGACAAGCGAGCUGCUACAACCUUUCCAGGAGGACUUGCAAGGGCAUCUCGCUCCUCCCGCACUUCAACCGUUGGGACCCCCUUCACUCCCGCGCACACCGGCCCUGGAACAUAUCGAAAUUGUUCCCGGUCUCGAGACUACAUUUCGUGACGCUGACCAAGCACUCGAUGAAUACCGCACCGUGUACAUGCCAUGUUUUCCCUUCAUCCCCCUCCGUCAUGACAUAUCUGCCGUCGACUUGUACCAGAAGCAGCCUCUGCUCUUCCGCAUGCUUGUUCAGGUUGCCUUGCCGCAGAACUUCCAGUCUCAGCGUGACGUGGGGACUUGGUUCCGUAAAUAUAUCGCCGAGCACAUGGUUGUCCAGCAAGAGAGGCGUCUGGAACUUCUCCAGGCAAUACUGGUAUUUGUGGGGUGGGGCGGCUUUGGGUUCUACAUCGAAUCAUGGGCAACGGCUCUUCUUCAACUAGCCACGGGUCUUGUCAUUGAUCUUGGCCUCAACAAGUCGCCCAUGUCGCUGAGCGGGGUGCCCUAUUCCCUCGUCACUGAGGCAAUCAAGGUCAUGAGAAUCGCCGAGGUCAAGGAAGGCCACACUUUCGAGGAAAGGCGUGCCGUCCUUGGAUGCUUUUAUGUCAUUUCCACGGUAUCGACAUUGUUCCGGCGAAUGCACCCUUUCCCCUUCACGGGAUAUUUAAACCAGUGUUGUGAUGCGCUCCUAGAAGCCCAUGAGUAUGAAUCGGACAAGUUGCUAGUAGCACUGGUGCGAAUGCAGCGUCUCGUGGACCGAGUCCAUGCUGUAUUCCCGAACCCAGAAGCCGACAGCGAGGCGUCUCGGGUGUUCUCUGCCCCGUUGCACAUGGCGAUAGCGACGCUCCGUAAGGAACUAGAUGCACUGGUGGAGAAAGCAGCCCCCGAAAUCAAAAAUAACGUCUUCCUUUGGAUACACUACCACGGCUCGGUCCUCCGCCUCUACGAGCCAAUCAUAUACAUGAACCCAUCGCUCUCUGCAACCGAUCCGACAGAGGCUGGGCUCCGCACCGAGGGUCUUUGGAGCUGCCUGAAGUCUGCCAAUGACUUCUUUACAUCCUUCCUAGCCAUCCCAGUUGACAAAGUUGGGCCCUUGCCUUUUGUGGUGAAGGCCCGACUCUCCUUUGCUAUUGUGACCUGCAGCCGGUUACUCUUUCUGGAUGAUUCUAAGUGGGAUAUCAAGCUCGCGCGGAAGAGUCUCGAUUUCGCUGGUAUUGCCGCUCGCCUUGAGGAGCUCUUCAAUGCGGCAGAGUUAUUUGAAACCAACCACACGGGCCGCCGGAAGAGGAAGUUGAUCGACGAUGACCGAUCAAUAGUGGCCAAGUAUGGAGAGAGGAUACGGUGGAUCCGACACUGGUACAACUCGAUGCUUCCUCUUGAAGCGGACAGCGCCAUGGAGAUGGACACGGGGGGAUUCAUGGAACCGGCGCGGGACCAUGGCGGGGCCUUUUGGCAGGCACUGUUAAAUCUCGAUGGGCCAUGGGACUUGGGUGAUCAAGUGUGAGAUUUACGGCACGCCUUGAUUCAGAUGGCAACCGCAUCACUUCGUUCAGUCUGCUUCAACGGCAGACCUUUUAUCUCGAGCAUAUCGCCAAGAUUUGCCCUUCCCCGAUAGCGAUGCUUUGUGCCCAGAAAUAUGCUGUAUGUACUGUACAUUAUUGAAGAACAUCUAAUUAGACCCCAUUACGCCG